UGACCGAACUUACUCUCUCUGUCUCUUCACGGAAACACAACCGAGGGAAGCUUUCUUUUCCUUAGCUUUACCAUUCAGAUUUCCACUGAGUAGAAGGCCAAUUUCUGCAGUGCAAAUUUUUGGAGCAACAACAAAUUUUAGAGAUUUAUAAUUUUGAAGGGCGUGUCGUAUUGAGUAUUUAGUUGUUGUUCAUUGGAAAGGCAUCGGAACAGUUGAAGAAUGGGGCCUAAACAGUGUCUUGUCUGUAAUCAAGCAGCUUCCAAGUACAAGUGUCCCUCUUGUCUUCUCCCUUAUUGCUCGCUAACCUGUUUCAAGAAACACAAAGAAAUUCCAUGCUCUAUGCCAGUGGCUUCCGAACAGAAUCAGAAAUCAACUGCCAAUCCAGAGUCACGUGUAGAAAGACCGUUAAAUGUCGAUGAACCUGGCGAGGUGGUGAAGAGAUCGCAACACGAGGCUACAGCUUCUUCCAGUGAUAUUCGCGACGCGUUAAAAGAUGAAGACCUUCAGAAACUCAUUUGUGCUAUUGAUAGCUCUCUUGAUCCGGAGAGUGAACUUGAUAAAGCCAUGGAAGUGGAGGUGUUUCGUACAUUUACCAACAAGAUUCUUUCUACAAUCAGCUCAUAAGGAGAUUCAGUUGGAGGCGAGAAGAAGAUAUGUUUUAUUGGAGGGAUUCGAACUUUCAUACGAGAAGCAACGCUUUAUCAUCCCUAAUUUUUAUCUUCUUUCGUGUUUGGUUUGUCAACAAGGUCUUUGACUUCAAUGUAUAUGUCUUGAAUCUUCUUCCCAUCUACAAAAUGUUAUGCUGACUGCUUGAUGAUGUACUGCCAAGGUUAGUGAAAUAGUUGAGGAAUAUGAGUUUUGAUUUCCUUACUUUGAGCAUCACAUCCGCUUCUAUGGCUUCGAUGUUGUUGAUUGUGACAUACUUGUAUCUUUGCUCUUCACUAUUUGAUCAAAUUAUGUUUUAUCUGAAGUUCAUUUAUUUAUGGGGCAACUUUUAUACUGCUUUCGUGAAAUAGAAGAAACAUUUUAAACGUAUAUAUAUGU